AUGGAGAAGUGGAAAAUUCUAAAAAAACGUCGCUCCAGUCUUUUUGCAUCCGUAAAACGCGACUUGAGUUUCACGCAAAGCAUCGAAGAAGAGGAGAGUGAAUUCCCCUUUUCACAGGACAGCUCAGUAAAACCGUGGACAUCAAUGGACAACCUUGACGCUCCUGGUGCCAGAAAAGAGGUGAAAAAAGAUGAGAAGACGGAUGCACCUAACCCCUGGCAAUCAAACAUUGUCAACCUAAAUGUGGGUGGAAAGGUGUUUCACAUCCCUAAACACUUGGUCCUCCGAUACCCAAAGACCAGGAUCGGAGUCCUUGCUCUGUGCAAUGAUCCAGUUAAGCGUCUGACGCUCUGUGACGAUUAUAAUUUUCAGAACAACGAGUUCUUCUUUGACAGGGACCCCAUGUUUUUCCAUUACAUAUUUCACUUUUACUGCAGUAAUGUUCUGUGGGUGAUGGAUGGCUUGUGUCCUGUCAACUUUGAGGAAGAGAUCUCAUUCUGGGGGCUCAAACUGAAGGAUACUCCAAGGUGCUGCCGCAUUCUGUUUGAGGAGAAAUUGGACGACAUCAGAGAACACCUGAAGGUUAACCAGGAGCUCAUAGAUGAGAUUAAACCUCACCAUGAUGACGAGGGCUACAAGACCAUGUUUCUUGGAAACUUUCGUAAAGCACUUUGGGACUUGAUGGAGAAUCCUUACUCCUCACUGUCAGCCAAAGCCUUUGCAGUGUUUUCCAGUCUCUUUGUGCUUAUCUCUAUCGUUGCCAUGACUCUGAAUACAGUCAAAGAACUUAGGCAGUACAAACCUGCAGGCAAAACCUACAUGGAGUGGGUGGAGGUUAGUUCUAUCCUUUUCUUCACGUUGGAGUACUUUCUGCGACUACUCACCACAUCAAACAUCAAGCAUUUUGUGAAGAGCGCCCUCAACUUUGUCGAUUUGGUAGCCGUCAUGCCCUACUUCCUCCAGAUCAUUUUUGAGACUUUUGUAUUAGAUGCUGAAGACAUCAGUGCUCAGGAGGAUUUGAAGGCCAUGUCAAGAGUCAGCAAAGUCAGCAAGGUGCUCAAAGUGGUCAAGCUCAUGCGCAUCUUCCGUAUCUUGAAGCUUGCCCGUCACUCCACCGGCAUGAGGGCUUUCGGCUUCACCAUCCGCCAGUGCUCUGAGCAGGUGUGCUGUCUGUUUCUGUUCAUCACCAUGGGCAUCUUCACCUUCUCUGCUCUGAUGCAUUCUGUGGAGGUGGAUCAGCCCGGGACACCGUUCAGCAGCAUACCAGAUGCCUGGUGGUGGGCUGCGGUCAGCAUCUCUACUGUGGGCUAUGGAGAUGUUGUCCCCAUCUCCUACCUCGGCCGCUGUGUGGCAUUCAGCUGUAUCUCCUUUGGCAUCAUCCUUAACGGCAUGCCCAUCUCCAUUCUGUUCAACAAGUUCUCCGACUACUAUGCCAAACUGAAGGAGCAGGAAUACAACUUUUCCAACACGGUGCGCACCUUCCAGCUCAAGAAACGUCUCAGGCGUAAGUUUGACAGCUGCUUCGAACCCCGGCCGGAGGACUCGGAUGAGGAGAUACACUAUCGGCCCAGUGGCAGGCAAUUUACCCCCGAGAUUGAAGAAUAAGAAAAAUUGCCUAGUUGUGACCUCAGUAACCCUAAAUUGCCUUAUCACCCUUGGGUAUACAAAAGUAAAAGACUCCAUCUGCCUCUAAGUCUCAGCCUAUGUGAUUGAAUAAAAGCGAUCUGAUGGGGGAAAGCAGAAAGCUGAGACAAGCAUUAAGCCUCAGCUUUGCAGUAGGUACUGUUUUCACACUAUAGCGACAAUUCCUCUGUCAAAUGGACAAGAUGCUCAGACUAGACAACUUGUUAUGUGUUUCCACAAAUAGCACACAUCUACAACUAAUGCUCACUCAACAGAAAUAGAUGUUUGACACAAGGAGGUCAAACAGUGACAUUAUGAAUGAAGCAAAACUUCCCUUAUAUCCUUUUGAAAAGACUACUGUCAUUGAAAGUGCUAUUAAUGAACAGUUUUGAGUGACUACAUAGUCUCUUACAUUUUACUUUGAUGCUCAGCAAAAAAGAAAUUGUACCUUCAAGCUCUAACUAGUGCAACUUUUGGCCAUUACCAGCAUGUACCGCCACACAUCAUGGCGGCUUUAAGUCACCAUUUACUUGACUGCAAUAAAAACAUUUUAUUUAUGUGUGCAUCUCAGAACAACUAUAACACCAUCAAUGGAAAGUUCUCACAUUUGACACAAUUUAUGUUUCAUCGAAGUGGCAUACCUAUCGAAAAAGCACUCCCUCUGUUUUUGUCCAGUCACUCAGUGUGGUCUUGAAGACACCCAAGUGGGGUGAGAGAUAUAGCAGCGGGUGUCAGUAUACCGAUCAGGAGCCUCAGUGUAAUUUGGUUGUCAAGGAUUAGUAGGAUUUGUGCGUCUGUUUCCUACCUAGUCAGACAAGUGGAAAAGUCAAUCAAGUACUGUGCUAUUUUGGUGACAGAAGGAAUCUGAUCAGGUGUGCACAGACAGGACGUAUUUAAAUACUUACAAGCUAUAUUUAAUAGAUGUACAAUAGAGGCCUCCAGCGUAGUGAUUUUUCACUCCUACUAACACAUGGGCAGUGAUGCCUAUAUCUGUCAUCCAACAGCUCAGAAUUUGUCGCGAUCCCUGCGGCGAGAGAGAAUUGAGCUUUCCGUUCUUGACCAGGAGAUGUCAGGAUCAAUCAUGGUCUAAGCCUUGUCGUCACACUGUGAUGCUAUGAUUAGAUCAUAAACCCAAGUCUUGCCUUGGGCACCAGAAGACCAGCAUUAUAACAUAUUAAACAAACAUACAAAAACUCUUCGCGGAUACAGACACCACAGUUUUCUUGGCUCAUCUGCUCGACACUGGUUUUAAAUAAGAGGGACAGAUAGAGGGGAUUAGAGACAAGUUCUCUGGUCAGUCACGACAGAUGCUGUGGGAGUUACACUCCAUUUCCAACUGCAGGAAUAUUGUGUUGAGCCUCUGCUCAUGAAAGACAUCCUGAACAUCCAUUUUACAGCAGACUGGGACUUCAUCCAUUUGAAUAAUAAUCAGAGACAAUGACUCAUUAGUGACUGAUGUUUCCUUGUCAUUAAGUUCUGUGCAAGUGCACUAAUUAAGGAGCGAACGAUCAAAUGUAGUGUCAGAUGUGUCUAAUUUACCCUCUGAUCUGGGGUUAAAGUGGUCCGGAACGGUGGCACCUUCAGUUAUUGAGUAAUUAUAUCUGAUAGGAAGUUUAAUAUAAAACACUGUCAAACAGUUCAGUUUUCAUGCUCUGCAGUCUUUCUGGAUGAUUCUGAUGCCACACACGGGUUCACCACAUGAUCCCGUCUGCACACGUCCUUUUUUCCGUCCCAUCCCUGUCAAUAAAGUUGUGUUUGUGGUACAGAAGAGGAGUGAGCAUAAAAGGAAUAACUUUUAAUAAGUGGCAGGUAAUUACAAAUUCAACGUUUCAAAACAGCUCAACAGAUUUAAUGCACAAAUUGUUCCUGUGCAAUUUGGAUCUCAACCUGUCUGCUAGCUAGAGGUAUAGUGGCUGUAUUUUUGAUGAGUGAUGGCAAAACAUGUUAAUGUGUAUUAAUUUUACUCUCAGAGCUGAAGAACAAAAGGAAGGUUUCUAUAGCGACUGACAUGAUUUCAUUUGGAAAUGCAAAGAUUACAUGUUAUUUCAUUAAUUUAAGAUUUUUUUUUAAUCAGACACUGUUUCUGUGCAUGGUGUGUAGCUGAAGUUAGCAAUUUCAUGUUCUGAAAUGUUUUUAAAAAAUGAAUUAAAUGAUAAUAAUACCAAAGUUUAUACUGGAAAGUAAGUGCAGGUUAAACAGGGUAGUUUGCAAGUGUUGUGGUUCAGUUUACAGUGGGAGAAACACGUGACUCAGUUAAGAUAGAAUUCUGCGACAGAGGUGGAAGUGUAGCUUUCAGGGGAGAAAGCUUAUAAAACGUCAUUUGUGUACAAAGUCAACAAAUUUUUAGGCGAUUUUUAUCAGACUGGAUGGUUACAUUUUUAUGAUAUUGCCUGAAAGAAACAACAGUUGGAGCAAGUUUCAAUUUUGAAGAUUAAGGUAAAAGAAGAAGGUCACAUCACAAUUACUUCAUUACAAUAAACGUAUCUACGUAUCCCCAUUUAAAACUCAAAAACAAAAAUGAGAAAGUCCAUUUAUUUGUCAUUAAAAAUUACUGUCUUUCAGCAGACCUCGCUUAUGCAAAAUUAGUUAACGUAAAAGAACCUUAAAGUUCGUAUUUAUUAGUGGACACCUGUCUUAUCUUUCUGAGGAAUGAAGCUAUUACAGGAUAUAGGUACUGUUGGUUUUACUGUGCCGUCAGCAUCAAUUACACCUCAAGAGUAUGGCUGUAUCACAUGACUCAGCCAGAAGGAGAGAAAUCAGAAAAUUUAGAAGGCUAACACAUAGUAGUUGACAAGAAGAGGAAGCAAUGGAUGAACAUCAAGAAGGAAUCUGAGAAGCUUGAGAAAUACCAAGGGCUGAGUUAGGAGUUAGAA